AUUUAUAACAAAGAAUUUAAAAUAUGGGAGGAAAGUUCAACAAAAUUAAACAAUACAUCUAAGAAAUAUGAUAUCUAUAAAAGAGAGGGUAUGAUCAUCCUUCCAGUUACCCAGGUUCACAACUUUGGAGACUUCCUGGAUUUCUCAGUCUGCCUUUCUCUGCAUAUCCAUUCAGCUACUAAGGCAGAUCAUACCAUACCAUGUAAGGAUUGAAUCCAAAAUGGGAGGUCAGCUAAAACUUCAGAAAUUAGGAUGGUUUCCUGAAUGCUUUCACUGCCAUAAAGACUGAAGGCCUCCAUGUGAGCCCCCAAAUACAAGAUGUUCCUGACCUCGUAACCAGGUAGCCUAAGAUCUGAAGAUGGCACCCCAAGAGACUCAUUUCUCUGCUUAACAGCCUUCAAAAACAGAGCCCAUCCCAGCCAGCCAUGGGAGAAAAUGGGAGCAUCUGGUGGAACUUGCUAGGCGAGCAUCCACUCUGCACGGCCUGGAAGCAAGAAGCAGAAGGGUCCAUUUAUCAUCUCGCUAGUAUCUUAUUCAUAGUUGGCUUCAUGGGAGGGAGUGGAUUCUUCGGGCUCCUCUACGUAUUCAGCUUGCUUGGAUUAGGCUUCCUCUGUUCUUCAGUCUGGGCCUGGGUGGAUGUCUGCGCAGCUGAUAUAUUCUCCUGGAACUUUGUCCUGUUCGUCAUCUGCUUCAUGCAGUUCGUCCACGUGGCGUACCAAGUCCGCAGUGUCACCUUUGACAAAGAAUUCCAGGAGCUCUACAGCUCUCUGUUCCAGCCCCUGGGAAUCACAUUGCCCGUUUUCAGGAAGAUUGCUUUGUGUUGCCAAGUGGUCUCAUUGGAAAAGGAGCAUUGUUAUGCCAUGCAGGGCAAAACGCCAAUCGAUAAACUCUCUUUACUUGUGUCAGGAAGGAUCAGAGUGACGGUGGAUGGAGAAUUUCUGCAUUACAUUUUCCCUCUUCAAUUCCUGGAUUCUCCUGAAUGGGAUUCACUCAGACCCACAGAGGAAGGCAUUUUUCAGGUAACCCUCACCGCAGAGACAGACUGUCGGUAUGUGGCUUGGAGGCGAAAGAAACUGUAUUUGCUCUUUGCUCAGCAUCGUUUCAUCUCCCGCCUGUUUUCUGUUUUAAUUGGCAGUGAUAUUGCUGACAAGCUCUAUGCUUUGAAUGACAGGGUGAAUAUGGGGAAAGGCCAUCGCUAUGACAUUCGGUUACCUAACUUCUAUCAAGCUGCCACCCCUGAAAUAACCAGAUCACCCCUGACAGAACACUUUCUGAAAAAUACCAGAAGAUAAUGAGCUAACCAUUGCCAACUGGUGACUUUUUAAAGGAUAAAAAUUCUCUCUUUAUCAUUCCCAGAAUUAAAUAGGAAAAUGAAAUGGCAAAAGUUGAGUUCACCAAUAUUUUUAUAAAUCACACUGGGAAGUCACAGGGUCAAUGCCUCUGUUAAAGAACAUCUAUUUUCAUGCAUUGUAUCAAUAUUUUUUUUGCAGCUAGCCCACUUUUUUGUGCAUCUCAACUAUCUUGGCAUAGUUAAGUAGUUGGUAUUGAUUUCUCUUGUGUGUCUUAUUGUUAUACUUUUGGUAGCGGAAGAUCAAUAAUCAUGGUGUGUAUUUGGUGCCCUUGCAUCAGAACUGGAAAAUCAAAAUUUUAUAUGCUCAGAUCAUUUAUCCAAUUUAUUCAUGCCUAUGCCCAGUGACUUUUUGAGAGUAGCAGUACUGGUCAGCCUUUCUCUCCCUCUCCCUCUCCCUCUCCAUCCUCUCUGCAAAGCAAAUGCUACAUCAACUGUGGCUUUCACAGUUGCUACUUGAAAAUUUUGCUUUAAUCCUUCCUUGAUAGAAACAAAUUCAUGCUUUGUAGUAAGUAGAGGUUGCAUAUUUUCAAUGUAAUGCUAGUUGAUAUUACUUUUCAAAUAAAAUAAGUUCUAGAAAACGUAAAA